CAAAAACAUUGAUUGAGAAAAACAGAAAGGUCCUCCUUUGUAGGAGACCAUCGAGGAAAAACAGAAAAGCAUCCUUCUGUAUUAUGCAACACGUUUACCUUUUCUUUCUGUUGUGAACCCCUGCUAUUCUUCCACACUGAGGGGUCCCAACCUUUAAUAGAAGAAAAGGCGGUGUUUCCGGCAACGUGCUUUAUUGGCUCACAAACUCUUUGGCCGGAACCCAGAAUUAAGCACUUCAUGUGAAUUCUGAGAUACAAGAACAAUGUCUUCAAAACCUCAUAAUAAUUCUCCUGAUAACGCAUCACCUGAUGACUCUACCCCUGAUAACAGCACCCCUGAUGAUGCUGACAACUCAUCUUCACCACCCUCACAAUCUCCACCACCAAGCUCACCUCCUCCGUCAUCACCGCCACCAUCUUCGACACCACCUUCGCCGCCACCACCUUCGUCACCUCCACCGUCAUCUUCAUCCUCACCACCCUCUCCUCCUCCUCCUCCUUCGUCAAACAACCCAAGCCCUCCAUCACCAAAUGGGUCCCCCCAGUCACCUCCUCCACCCACAUCAACACGUUCUCCACCCUCCUUUGAAUCACCUCCACACAAAUCACUACAACCUCCAUCGCAUCAAACUGACGGUGCCAGUAGAAGCGGCAGCAAGAAUGGCGGUGGCAGUAGCGGCAAUAAUACAGGCAGUGGUGGUGGCGGUAGUGGCAAUGACGAUAAUAGUAAGGCCAUAGUUGGAGCAGUGCUUGGCGUAGGGAGCGUGCUUCUUAUUUUGGUCAUCGUUUGCGUUGUUUGCUCCAGAAGGAAGAAGAAGAAGAGAAUGUACUAUUAUGGUCCUGGAGAGCAAUCACUUGGAGGAAAAGGGAAUAACUAUGCUGGGAAUAACUAUUACAACAGCGGGCAACACCCAGGUUAUUACGGAAAUCCUCACGGGGACCAUGUUGUGAGGGUACAAAACGGAAUGGGCCCUGGCGGCGGUGGCGGGUGGGGUGCACCGCCACCACCGCCGAUGAUGAUGAACAGUGCUGACAUGAGCUCUAACUACUCAACAGGACCAACCCCUUUGCCUCCUCCCUCACCAACCCUUGCCCUAGGCCUCAAAGGUGGAACCUUCAGUUACGAGGAACUUGCAGCUGCCACCAACGGAUUCGCCGAUGUAAACUUGAUAGGACAAGGUGGCUUCGGUUAUGUCCAUAAGGGUGUGUUGCCUAAUGGCAAGGAAGUAGCAGUUAAGAGCCUUAAAUCAGGUAGUGGCCAGGGAGAACGAGAGUUCCAAGCUGAGAUUGACAUCAUUAGUCGUGUCCACCAUCGUCAUCUUGUGUCACUUGUUGGAUACUGUAUUUCUGGUGGCCAGAGAAUGUUGGUCUAUGAGUUCAUUCCCAAUAACACAUUGGAGUAUCAUCUUCAUGGAAAGGGUAGGCCUACUAUGGAUUGGCCUACUAGAAUGAGGAUUGCAAUAGGAUCUGCUAAAGGUCUUGCUUAUCUUCAUGAGGACUGUCAUCCUCGCAUUAUUCAUCGUGAUAUUAAAGCUGCGAAUGUCCUUAUUGAUGAUAGCUUCGAAGCAAAGGUUGCGGAUUUUGGACUGGCUAAGUUGACCACUGAUAAUAAUACUCAUGUGUCCACUCGUGUCAUGGGAACUUUCGGGUACCUAGCCCCUGAAUAUGCGUCAAGUGGAAAACUGACAGAGAAGUCUGAUGUUUUCUCAUUUGGGGUCAUGCUGCUGGAACUUGUAACUGGGAAGCGACCUGUGGAUCACACAAAUGUCAUGGACGACAGCUUAGUAGAUUGGGCUCGACCACUACUAACUCGUGGAUUGGAGGAAGAUGGCAACUUUGGAGAGUUAGUUGAUCCAUUUUUAGAGGGAAACUACAAUCCUCAAGAGCUGUCAAGGAUGGCAGCUUGUGCUGCUGCUAGCAUUCGUCAUUCUUCCAAGAAACGUCCAAAAAUGAGCCAGAUUGUGAGAAUAUUGGAAGGAGAUGUCUCAUUGGAUGACUUGAAAGAUGGGAUUAGGCCAGGGCAAAAUGCUAUAUACAACUCUUCUGGGAGCUCAGAUCAGUAUGAUACAAUGCAAUACAAUGCUGAUUUACAGAAGUUUAGAAAAGCAGUGUUUUCUAAUAGCGAUGAAUUUGGCACCAGUAGUGGCUCUAGUGCAGAAGUGAGCCAGAGGCAACCAAGGCUUUAGAUUCCUGAUAACAACACAUGUGAAAAGAAAAAAUCAAUGCAAGGGAGUUAUUGCUUCUUUUUAUUGUUUCAUAGGCAUUGGCAUGGGAAGUGAGAUCCCAAAUUGUGGAAAUCUUAGCUUGAUUACGCCUUCGUUUCGGAGUGUGUAUGUGUUUCAUGAGGCGUACAAUCAAUCUGACUUGUAUAUUAAUUUGUUCAAAGUUUUAUAUUUUCUAAUAUGGCUGUUGUGUACUUCGGGAUGUAUAGGCAUACAUUUGAAAUGGAGUCUUGAACAUAACUAUAUCUGUAUUAUUCGUUGAAAAAAAGUUUCUUCUGAUACUUGUUUUGUCUUUGCUUCACCAAGGUCGUAGGCCUUUGAAGUUAGAAUAUUUAUUUUUA